CUAGAUGUGCCUCUUGAUUUGCAAGGGGGUGGGGAGGAGAGGCUGGGUUUGCGCCUGCGCAACGCGGCUCCCUGGGUGGAGGAGGUGCCACAACCGGCUUGCACUAAUUCAGGGUAUUGCGCCCCUGGAGGCACCGAGCAUGGCGACCUGCCCCCCGCAACCGCGUCGCGUCACCCACCUCAUCUUCGACCUGGACGGACUCCUCCUGGACACCGAGCGACUGUACUCCGAGGCCUUCCAGGCCGUGUGUUCACGUCAUGGGAAGAGCUAUGACUGGGGCGUGAAGUCUGCGGUAAUGGGGAGGACGGCUCCGGAGGCCGCACGGGUCAUCAUAGAUGUCCUGGGACUUCCGAUGUCAGUGGAGGAGCUACGGCAGGAGACUGAUGUUGAGCUCGCCCGCCUGCUGCCUACAGCCGAACUCAUGCCUGGGGCAGAGAGGCUCAUCCGGCACCUGCACUCGCACAGCAUCCCCUUUGCCUUGGCUACCAGCUCAAACUCCGCCUCCUUUGCCAUGAAGAUUACCCGGCAUGGAGACUUUUUCCGCCUGUUCCAUCAUGUGGUGCUGGGCGACGACCCCGAGGUGCAUUCUGGGAAGCCGGCCCCAGACAUAUUCCUCACCUGUGCACGGAGGUUUGCUCCUGCCGCCACUCCAGACAUGUGCCUUGUCUUGGAGGAUGCUCCUCACGGUGUGGAUGCAGCCCUGGCUGCUGGGAUGCAGGUGGUCAUGGUUCCUGAUGAGAACCUUAGUCGGGACCUAACAUCGAAGGCCACAGUGGUGCUGCGCUCCCUGGAGGACUUCCUGCCCCAGGCGUUUGGUCUGCCAGCCUACAAGUGACACCGGGGAUCAUGUGACAUCCUGUGGGGGUGGGAGAUGGCAUCCUAGGGGUGCAUACAUAUACAUACAUAGAUAUACAUAUACAUAUAUGUACCCAGACAUGCCUCUAUCUCUUGAGCGCUGAAAAAUAAAGGUUCACCAACACAUGGUUGUGUGACAAGAUAUCCUGGGGAGGGGGGGGAAGCAUGAUAUCCUUAGGCAAUUGCCUUAGGCAAUUGUGAUUAUGUGUCUCAGAGAGGGUCACUUUGCCCCUCUGACUUUUACCCAAUCCUGUAAUGCUAAGGCAUGCACCCCCCUGCUUGUAGACUUUCCCUUUAAAAACCCCACUCACCCAGGGCUGGAGGUCCCACUUCCCUACAGCUGCAUCAGUGAGACUUGGGUUCCAAGUUCCAUUGCUCUCAUAAUAAAGCUCUCUUGCUCUUGCA